AGCGAUGGGAGGCAGUAGAGGAGGAGGAGGAGGAGGAGCUGUGGAUUCUGAAGACGGGCCAGGAUGCAGGUAAGGGCCUCACCCUGCUGCCAGCGCGCCAGGCGCUCCAGUACGCUCUUCAGCACUUUGCUGGCUCCCCCGGCACCCCUCUUGGGAGCCCCAACAGCAGCACCAGCACCAGCAGUGAAGCCCCUCAGCAGCCCCCGCACCCGCACCAGCAGCCUCAGCAGCCACCUCAGCGGGGCCGCUCCUUCCCGCUGCAGGUGGCCCAGCGCUACCUGUCCCGGCCGCUGCUGCUGGGGGGCCGCAAGUUCCAUCUGCGGCUGUGGGUGCUGGUGACCUCGCACCGCCCGCUGAGGGCGUACCUGCACAGGCGGGGUCUGGUGCUCUUCAGCUCGGAGCCCUACGACCCAUCCGCUGCUACUGCGGCUGCGGCCGCACCCUCCUCUCCGCCUCCUCCUUCAGCCUCCACAUCACAACCGCCGCCUACAUCUCUCGUCCGUCAAGCGAACCAUCCACCUGAGCCUGCGACCCCACCUCCUCACCCGCCCACUGUUGCUGGCAGCGCUCCCUGCCAGCUCCCAGCGAGCCACAUCACCAACUAUGCCCGUAACACCAACUCCCAAGUCUGGAGUCUGGAGCAGCUCCGGAACCACAUGGGAACCCAGCGAUUUGAGGCCUUAUGGACCGCCCUCUGCAAGUCCUGCGCUCGAGCCCUGCAGGCAGCAAGCGCGUCUCUAGAAGAGGCGAAUGCCUGGCUUAGACCGGCCGUACAAGAGUACGGCUUUCAGAUGAUGGGUGUUGACUUUCUGCUUGACCGUACGGAUCAUCCCUGGUUGCUUGAGUUCAACAGCUCGCCUUCAAUCAUGGUACAACAUGAAGAAGAGAGUGUACGGCAACUCAUUUACGAGCAAAAGUACGGCAUGUUACGGGAUAUGUGGGAGCUCGUACGGCGGCGGGUUUACCG